AUGAAUAUCGUAGAAAGUCUUUCGAACGAUUCUUUGGAUCGAGAGAAUUGGGCAAAUCCUAAGCCCACAACAACAACCGAGGGUAGAAAUAGAGAUACAAGAAAUCUAUUCUUUAAUGAUUCAUCGUCUUCUAUAUCUGGCAUUCGUAGUAGAAAAUCUAGUAUUGCCUCAACGAUAAAGGGUCAGAAUAUUAUCCCUACUACGACAUCUGCAAACAGACAAUUAAAACGAUUCUAUGAGGACGAGAGUUCAGGAAUAUUCGUGGCACCCAAACUUAAAAGUAACAGUAGGACCGUACAAAGAAGUAACCCCAGUAGGAUACGAGAUAAGAGUAUACGAUUAAAGCAAAAUAUAUCAAAGCCUAAGAGGGGACAACAUCUAAAAUCUAAUGAUAAAAAAAUAGGUCCCUGGGAGUUUAAUAAAUUUAUUAAGAAAGAAUUCAACAAAGAACCUUUAACAGAAGAAAUCCAAUGGAAGACAAUAAACAGACCAUUAGCAGAUUCUAUAAUGCAACUCGUUGAGGAAAACACAAAUAGUGCCUUAGAUGAUGUGUUCCAUCAAUACGAUAGUGAGCUACAGCAUAUCACCAAUAGCAAGCACGGAGAAACUGAUAAAAUAUACAAUAUCAAACAACAAUUAUUAAAUGAAAUCUUAGACAAGAUGCAUAAGAAAUUAAGAGACUCACAAUUCCCAUCCAAAUUCCGAAAUAUAGAUUUGGACGUAGAGACCAUUGUGAGUAAAAGAGCACAUAUUCAACAACGAUACGAAGAAGAGAUGAAAAACAUUGAAAACAUUGAAAUAGUAUUACAACAAGAAAAAGAGAAACUUUCAGAAAGUAAAAGAGUCUUACAAGGAAUAAAACAGAACAAAGAAAAAAAUCUUAACGGAAAACUUCUUAAGGAUGAUCUUCACCCAAUCCUAAUUCCUGCCAUUCAAAAUGCGUACGGUAUGAUAGGAUCUACUACAGGAUGUAAUUCUAUGAGUAAUGAUAAAUCUGCAUCAUGGAAAAUGGAUGUUGCAGAUAUGAAUCUUGAAGUACCGGUGAAGCGAAAAGUAGCCAGAGCAGAUUCUGCUGACGUUUUGGAAGCUACUGAGGAUAUGCCGGCAUUAGAUGAGCUUACUCGUGUAAGGAACGAAUUCUGUUCUGGAAUCAACACAUUUUUAGAUAAUGGUAAUCUUAGAGAAACACUUAAAUUUUUCAAACAUUUCGAUAAAUGA